AUGUCCUCGACGCACGACGCGUUUUCGAUUCCAAACCAUUCGCCAACAUUUCCAAACCGGACACUGUCCCCAGACCGAGGAGGCGCCAGCAACGCCGAUUAUUCGUAUCCUCCAGCUCAAUCAUCCAGUCCUUACUCUGCAGGUUCGUUUGCGAGGGCUCAACGUCACGAAGGCACGCACUCCAUUGCCCAAGACGCCCCGUCUGACGCUUAUACAGGCAAUUCUGUGCUCCCCGUGCACUCUACUCACGGUGCUUACUCUCCGUUGAACCAGACUUGGACUCGCAUAGAAUCCUGGCUCGCCAGACGCUACCCAGAACUCGGUGAUACCCUCAACUAUGGCAUACUCCCCGUGGACCUGCACGAGAUAGAGCUUCAACUCGGGUUCGCACUCCCACAGCCCAUCCGCGACUCAUAUCUACGCGUCGAUGGCCAGGAGGCCGAAUCAUCCGCAGGCUGCACAGAGGGCCUCUUUUUUGGACUCAGCUUACUCUCUCUCGAAGAGGUGGUAGACGAAUGGAAGUUUUGGCGUGAAGUCGACGACGACCCCGCGACAGGCGCCAACCCAACCCUCCUUGGACGUAUGAAGUCUAUCCCAGCAGGGUGGAUCCGCAACGAUUACUCGAACCGUGGGUGGAUACCCCUCGCCACCGAUAGAGUGGGCAACUAUCUCGGCGUAGACGUGAACCCCGGAGAGAAAGGCGCCCCCGGGCAAGUAAUCGUUUUUGGCCGCGACUUUGACACAAAGGUCGUGUUGUGGCGCGGCGACGGGGAAGGCGGUUGGGCCAAGUGGCUCGCUGCAUUUGCUGAAGAAUUGGAGAAUGGUGACACCUUUGAAGUUGGCGCUCAGGAUAACAAUAGUGAAGGGAGUGAGGACAGCAUCGGACACGAACCUUACUUUUUCGACGGUAGCGCCCAGGGGAAUCGCGGUCAAGGUGGUGGGGACGGCGGGGCUGUUGGCAUUCGAUUGAAUGGAGAGUAUCGGGGUUGGAAUGUGCUUGAAGCGUUGGCGGACCGUUCUAUCAAAAAGUGGAAAGAGGCCGGUGUCGUCUCGGAAGAGGAGUAUCCUCAAGCCGAACCUCGCCGAGUCUCCAAUCUCGCGGGUAUGCAACCAAUACAACAAGAUUCCGGCAUCGAGGUUCCAAUACCCUUGAUCGGCGAUGAACCCAUGUCGGCGUUGCAAACCUUCCAGGACAAGCCGUUGCCAUCGGAGCCGGAAACUCCACGAGCACGAACGCACAAGGCUACCAAAUCGAGCGUUUCUCGACCAGCACCACGACCAAUCGGACUUCCAACGCCCUCAGACAUUGCUGUCGAUGUUGCAGAUAGCACGUUUGACGAGUCUGCCGUUACCGUUCGGGAAGAUGGGGAUCUUGAAAGGGGCAUACACCACCCUCUUCGCACUCCGGACGCACGAAGCGGGAGCUCCCAGGGAAAGACGCCACAAACUGCCAAUUUCUCCCCACGGAUGAGCGAGGAAGACACUCGUCUGUUGAAGCGAGUCUCUGUCGAACCCCCUACGCCAAUUACCACGGAUACGAAUGGUGAUAUGGUCACGUUACCCCAUCAACGUCGGCAAUCGGCUCCGGCUGAAGAUUUGUUGGAGGAUGAUCCACCGACUGCCCUGCCCAUGCUCGUCUCGCCAAAGGGACCAGGCUCUCCGACUGCCAACGGCCAAGCGUCGCCACCGGGAUCAGUGGAGAGUGAAGGCACUGUCUUGGCCAAGUAG